CUUCCGUUCGCGAUAAAUCUACCUCCACCUCCACUACCGAUAUGCUCACAUCUCUUAUUCUUUACUCUGAGAUUCGCACCUUGUGUUUAUAUCGCGAUUUUUUUCUAUUCGGAAUUUGCCCAUCAUUCCUGUCGAUCAUUAAAUAUAAAUAAAAUUUAAUUCGAUAUUUGUGAGAAAAAUGAGUUUCAAUAAAACCAAGAAAGUUAUAGAAGAGGGAGACGUUGUUAUUUUAUAUUUGAAUCCAAACAACAUGCAUUCUUUGGAAGUAAAAGCAAAAAUUUUUAGCAAGAAAGGAGAGUUCGUGGAUAAUGUGUUCCAAACUACAUAUGGUGCAUUGAAAGUCAUCUCGCUCGUCGGACAAAAGUACGGUUCAAAAAUAGAGCUAACUAGAGGGUGGGCGUAUGUGUUACAACCAACACCAGAGCUCUGGACAAUGACAUUGCCACAUAGAACACAGAUUAUUUAUAGUCCAGAUAUAAGUCUCAUUAUACAUUUAAUGGAACUUAAACCAGGCAGUAUAAUCAUCGAAACAGGCACUGGUAGUGGCUCAUUAUCGCAUUCUCUAAUUCGAGUAAUACGUCCAAAUGGUCAUUUAUAUACUUUUGAUUUUCAUGAGCAGCGUGUGUCUAUUGCUAGCAUGGAAUUUGAUAGACAUGGACUGAGUGAUUUCGUAACUUUAAAAAAAAGGGAUGUUUGCUUAGAAGGGUUUGGAGAAGAGCUGAAACACAAAGUUGAUGCAGUUUUUUUGGAUCUUCCACAUCCAUGGUUAGCUAUAGAACAUGCUACUGUUGCUUUAAAACAAAUAGGAGGAAAACUGUGUUUUUUUUCUCCUUGCAUUGAGCAGGUUCAACGUACUUGUGCCAAACUUAUUUGUGAGGGAUUCAUAGAAUUAAAUACAUAUGAAUGUUUGCAAAGAGAAAUGAAUGUUCAAUACAAAUCUUUGCCAAUAUUAGAUUUUGAAUGUUUGAAGUACAAGCACAAAAAUGAGGACAUGACUGAGAAGAAUGAAAGGAGAGAGAGGAAACAGGAAGAAAAACUCCUUACAGUCAUUCAUGCUCAAUCAUUACCUGGGCAUACAGGCUUUAUUACAAUUGCUACCCUUCCUCCUUCCUGUCUUCGUUAUGCACCAGAGUAAAAAAAAGGAAUUAUUAAUCAUAUAAAGAUUCAGAUCAAGACAAAGCAAACAACUGAAAAAUAUAAAAAACUGGAACAUGCAAUGUGCAUUAAGUAAACAAGUAAAGCAUUAAACAAAAUUCAUAAAAUUCACUGCCAUUCAAAUAAAAACUUCGUAAUUUUAAAACUAUAGAAGGAAUUUCCACAUUGCUUAUUUUUUAAAAAAAGUUAAAUAUUUUUUUCUGAGAUUACUAUUGUAAUGGAAUUUUAGAAAACAUCUACUGUUACCUAUGAAACAAAUGAAAUAUUAAAAUAUCAGGAAAAACUUAUAAAUGGAAUUAUUAAAAAUAAAAAAUUGGUCACUCACA